AUGGCGAAGCCAUCACCAUUUCUCGAGCCUGGCGCGCGGACAUCGGCCAAUUCCAUCGCCAUCGUCCAGCUCUCCCGCGACAACCUAGUUCCCUUGAUCCUCCAGGACUCCACCGGCGCCGUCGAUGGCUACGCUGAGGGCGCAGUUCUCAACACACGAUUCGGCUCCUUUCCUCAUUCGACUCUAAUUAAUGUCCCCUGGGGCUCUCAGAUCCGCGCUUCGAAUGUGGACACCGGCUCGCGCGGUCGCAAGCGCAAGAGAAAGGAAGACGAGACCGAUGGCGCAUCGACGCCUGCUGCCGAUGCGGCCGACGAGGACUCCGCCGCGCCCGUGAAGAAGGCCGUUGCCGCAGCAAGUGGCUUCGUUCACAUCCUUCAACCCACCGCCGAGCUCUGGACCGCGGGCCUGCCGCACCGCACGCAGGUCGUCUACACUCCCGACUACAGCUACAUCCUCCAGCGCAUACGUGCCCGUCCCGGCAGCCGAUUGAUCGAAGCUGGCGCGGGAAGCGGUUCCUUCUCGCACGCCUCAGCUCGCGCCGUCUACAGCGGCUACCCCGAAAACGAGACCCAGCGCAAGGGCAAGGUUUACAGCUUCGAGUUCAACAAGGACCGAUACGAGAAGAUGCAGGAGGAGAUUGUCGAGCACGGCUUGGAGGGUAUCGUGCAGCUUACACAUCGCGACGUCUACAAUGGUGGAUUCCUGGUCGACGGACAGAGUCCCGAGGCCGACGCCGUCUUCCUCGACUUACCCGCGCCCUGGGAGGCACUCCCUCACCUGUCGCGGAGGAAACCGGCGCCAACGAAGGAGGGCGACACAGAUACAGCCGAGUGGGUGUCGCCGUUGAACCCCAAGAAGUCCGUCUACAUCUGCACAUUCUCCCCAUGCAUCGAGCAGGUCACGAGGACGGUCACCACCAUGCGAACCCUCGGCUGGGUGGACAUCGACAUGAUUGAAAUCUCUAACAAGAAAUUCAACGUCAUCCGAGACCGCGCCGGCCUGGGUCAGCCCGAGAGAGGCAUUCCCCCACAAGCGCGCGACGUCACCGAGGCAGUGGGCAAGCUGCGUGAAAUCGAGAAGCGCACGAGAGAAUUCCACAACCCGGCGGACCCCAACUCCGCCGAAGACUCGCCAGCGAUGGACGUCGACCCUUCGGCGAACACCACGAACGGAAACGCCACACCCGAGGAGGCGAGCAACGUCAAGCCGUGGCUCCAAGGCCGCGUCAUUCACCGCGCGGAGCCCGAGCUGAAGACGCACACUUCAUACCUUGUCUUUGCCGUCUUGCCCCGUGAGUGGAGCGAAGAAGAUGAGGCUGCUGCGCUCGCGAAGUGGCCUUGUGGCUCUGAGAAGGGCGUCAUCGGAACGAAAGACAAGGAGACGCGCAAGCAGGAGAAACGCGAGUUGUUGCAGGGCAAGGGCAGGAGAAGAAAGAACAAGGCUUGA